AUGGUCACUAACAAAGAUGUCAUUAUCGCCCGAAAACAAGGAAAUAUGCAUAUGGCUCCGAAUCGCAAAGAAAACACCCACGGAGCCGAGAAGAUCAGUCAAGUCGUGAGUCUGUCAUCCAUCAGAAAGGGCAUUUCUUUUUAUUAUAUUCUAUCGAUUGUUCCAACCCUGCUGUUGGAUCUGUCAUCCGACCUCGUCAGCUUUUGUACGCUCAUUUGCAGAUCUCGCCUUUGCUGUCGCCUUUUCCAACCAUCUCUUUUCUCCCGUCUCUCCCACUACUUGGGUAUCCACUCGUUCCUGGCUCAACACUAUCCUUAUUAUAAUCCCCCGAGAAACGAACUUCUUCUCCUUUUUCAAACAUACGCCAUGAUGAGCAUGUCCGUGUGA